GGCUCUGCUGCAUCGCCCACCCAGUCGGUCACGAACUAAUUCUUUCGAAUUGACUAGACUUCGGGACACGGUUGUCGGACGGAGUACAAGCCUGACAGAUUCCAGUGCCGCCUACAUGCAGCACCGUCCGAAAGCGGAAUUCAUGUCAAGUCGUCGGCUGACAAGCUGAGGCCUGCGAGGUAUAAAAGCUUACGGAGGGUGCACGGCUACAGCAGCUUCUACCAGCUAAGACACCCCAGCAGAGCCUCAAAUUCCAGUCUUCAGACUCAAUUCGACCUCUUGCCUCAACAUGUUUUUCAAGCUCGCCAUCGGAGCCCUCUCCGCGGCCGUCGCCUUCCUGCAGGUCAACGCUGAGUCUCACACCGUUACCUUCAACAACAAGUGCGGUCGUGGCACUCCCCACUUGUAUUCACAGACCGGUCAGCUUCUCUCCACCGGCGGGGCGUGGACCAGCAACGGCGAGGCCCUCGGCCUCAUUGCUUUCCUCCAGACCGGCGGCUGCGGUAAUAAUGGCGAAGGGUGUACCCUCGUCGAGGCGACGCUCAAGAAUGGCGGCAGCGCUGCCGACAUCUCUCUGAUCUCCCCUCAUGAGUUCUCGGUGACGAGCGGCUUUGGCUACUACGACGGCUGCGAUGGCUCCGGUACCGACUGCACUAGCGCUAGCUGCCCGAAGGCAUACCGCCAGCCCAACGACAACUUUGCUAUCGUUGGUUGCGGCGCCAACAACGUUAAUCUUGCCAUCACAUUCUGUGAUUAAUUCGCGGGCUGCAUCUGCUACUGAGUUGCGGAAGGCUCGGUUUGUCUCUAUACUUAUUUAUGUAAAACUGUAACGCGCUCCUAUUGAGAGGUGCAUGUACGACUGAGGCGUAAAUGAACGGUUGUUCACACAAUUAUGCUCACGUUAAGAAGAG